UCUUCGCAGCGCACGGUUAAUAGAUCUGAGGAAAAUGACUUUUCCUAAGACCCCAAUUUCGGGAGUGAUAUCUUUAAUAAUCACAAUUAUUGUGUCCUCCGUGUACGCCGAAGUAUUUGUACAAGUAAAUCUGAAUAGGCCGCUCAAUGAUGUGAAUGAAAAGUUUGUUAGUUUUACUGUGGAGCCGGCGGAUUUGUAUAGGGCGCUUGAUGGCCCGAAUAGGAAAUCUUUAACGCAUAUGGCCACACUGCUUGGCAGUUCUUACAUCAAAUUCGCUAGCGAUUAUAACUUCAUACCGGAUACUGAAACGAAAUAUCGAAAUCCAACAAAAACUAUAUGGAAGGGUUUCAAUCGCUGGACCAGUGCUGUUAAUUGGACGAUGAUUAUCCCAAUGCCAUAUAAUGACGGCGAAUGGGACCCUAUGGAGUCCCUAAGGAUAUUAAACAGUUCUUAUUUAACGGGUAUUACUGAUUGCAUAUGGCAGUUGGGUACAGAGUUUGGUCCAAGUGUCACGGAAUAUCUCAACGAUUUAAAUACUUUAAACUUGAUGGUGGAUUCAUUCAAUCCUUACGUCGAUGACUGGGAAGUAACCGGCGCUGAAAUUCCGUUAGGCAGCACUAGUGAUGAGGUGAAACGCUAUAUUGAGUCAUCUAAGGAUUUUAGUGCUGCCUUCAACUGGUUGCAACCCGCAGAUCCUUCAACGUCAAACCCCUUGAUCGGCUCAGCCUAUGAACACGAUCGCAUUUUACGUGCCAUGUUCUCUGAAAAGGUUCCUGUUUGGUUGAACUUCACUCCUAAGGAUCGUGCCAAAAACUCCAAACAAAGGAGUAGCACCCCCAGCAUCAUUAGCAAAACGAAUGCGGAGAUCAUCACCGAUGCGCUGCGUUGGGCACAGACGCUGGGAGAGGCGGCGAGCUCAGGUUUUGAUGCGGUCUUCCGUCGCACAGAUCAAGAUGAUUUGGAAUACUCUAGUCCAAGUUUCUUUGUGACAAUGCUCUUCAAGAAAGUGAUGGGCUCACGGGUUUUCCCUGCUCGUCCCUUCGCCAUAUUUCUUCGUACCAAUAAGCUGUACACACAUUGUGCAAAUUCAAUUUCGGGAGGUGUGGCUUUCAUGAUUGUCAAUCAUGAUGAUGAUUCGAAACAAGUGUCUGUAAGGUCAAACUCAAAGCUACCGGGUGAAGAGUACUGGCAGUACAUCCUAACAUUUAAAAAGAAUAACGCAUAUUUGAAUAGUGAAAAGUUAACUAUAAAUUCCACAUUGGAACCACAAGUGAAGACGAGGAGUCCAAAUAAGGCGAUGCAGUUGAAUGCGCCGGCGAAAUCUGUCGGCUUUUGGGUGCUGCCCAAUGCUGAGUUGGAGCAUUGCCAGUUCACAGAGAUCGAUGUUGACGAUUUGGAGCAGGAUCAGGAGUCGGCUGAGGAUGAAGUGAAUGUGAUGAAGAGGCACAUUUCGUCGUCGGACAAACUGUUGCAGCAGCUAAUACACGAGACGGCGCUCCUGCAUAGUGCUUCAAUGAAACACGACCAUCGUAGGCGUCGCUAUGCCACUUUUUCAAAUCGUGCAAGGCAUAUUGUGCUCGAAGACAAAGGUGAACACACGCAGACACUAACAAAACUUUUUGAGCCACUUUCCUUAGAGGAAAAGACACCUAAGAAACGAGAAGAAGUGUUAGAGUAUAGACGGUUAACUGCACUCAAGUGGAUUAAGGAUUUACUCGACACAGCUCUGAAGGAUCGGGAAGAUUUGCUUUCACUUAAGCGAAAUACUCGUAGCACCGAUGAUUACUUUGGCGCUAUCUUUGGGGCGAAUGGUGGUAGGAAGAAAGCGCCUGUAGUUAAAAAAAUUAUAGAAAUACGUAAACCCGAAAAGAAAUCAACUAAACCCUCAUACGAUCCUGAACAUUUUGACGAGGAGGAGUUUUUUAAGAAAAUGGGUUCAGAAAGUGAACCCGAAUCGGCACGAGUGCCGGAGGGUGAUGUGCAUUUGAGACAUAUAACUAAUGUUGACGGUGAAGAUCUAAAUAACUCCGAUGAGAGAGGUAAGAGAAAAGCGGAAGCUAAGAAAAUACACAGGACAAAUGGAAAAGAAACUAGAAACGAAAUGAAACCUUUGCGUCUGCUACCUACUGAGUUCUACGAAGCACUGCCACUACCAACUUCAGACCAAACGAAACCGAAGAAGGGUAAGAGUUGGAACGCUCUACUAUUUCCUGAACCCUUCACCAAAAAAACAACCAAGAGUAACACACUCGAUGAAACUUCGAUAACAAACAAUGCAGAUCCUGAUGUUGAAAACGUCGGAGCAGCGCAAUUUCAGACCGCUGGCCAGCUGGCGGAGGAUUUUCUGCUCGCACAAGAAGAACUUGCCCGCUCUUUUUUGCGCGACAACAAGAAAGAAGACGAAGAGAAAGAUGAGAGAGAGAGCGACAAUAAUUUUAGCAAAAAAAAAGUUAGUGAAACGGUCGUAGACAAUGAUGACGAAAUGUUAAAGAAAAUUAAAUCGUUACGUAACAAAUACAUCGAUUACUUGACAGAAAAUUUGGAAAACUAUUUCAGUGAGCACGGCAGGGUGGGCGAUGUGGACGUGCAAAAGAGUUUAGAGGGAUCUGCUGAUACGACGACGGAAACACCUUGGUGGAAUUUGAGUUCAUUGCGUAAACGACGUUCCCCACGUGCGUUGCGAUAUGAGCUGUCAGAAGAUGAUUGGGCUUCGAAUAUGAUCACCAAGGAUGUAGACUUGCUGCCUUUGGGCAGUGUAACACCGAAACAGUUGGUGGAUACGGAGCAACGAACUUCGAAUAGAUUGCAACUAGAGGAUGAUACUCAAAAAAACAACUCGAAUGGAUAUUUGAAAGCAAUGAGAAAGAGAGUAAACAGCUUCGUGGAUAUACUAACGCGGCAUGUAAACGAAUGGUACAAUACAAUCACAAAACCUGUAGAGGAUGGAAAGAUGGUUCCGGAUAAUAGUCAGCCAAGAACGAGAGGAAGGAGGAGAAAUUGAACUGUAAAAAUAAGUGAUUUUUUAAAUAGAAAACCAUAAAUUAGGCAGAGAGCGAGGUCAAUAAACGAUUACUUAUAAAAAAGAUAGAAAUAAUGAUCGAGAGAGUUGCCACGAAUACCAAAAAACGAAGAAAAGCUAUUUUUCCAAGACGUUUUAAUCAAGCAAAUAAUUUAUUAUGUUGCAGAGGUCUUCAUGAGUGUGGCAAUCUGGCUGAAAAUGUGUACAAAAUAAAAGUUAAAUAUAAUAUAA